AUAUCAUAUUUGCCAUAGUGUUUUCCACUUCCGUUGCCAACAUGGCUUUUACUUUAUAUUCUCUUUUAGAAGCCACGUUACUUUGUCUUAAUGCGAUCUGUAUCCUCCAUGAGGAAAGAUUUCUUUCCAAAAUUGGUUGGGGUACAGCAGAACAAAGAGGUUUCGGUGAACAACCAGGCAUAAAAGCGCAACUAAUUAACCUUGUGAGAGCAAUACGAACAGUGAUGAAAAUUCCACUGAUUGGCUUAAAUAUACUCACAAUCGUUGUUAAGUUACUAUUCGGUUAAGGACUCUUUAACCUGUGGCAAGUUCAUUCAGCUUUAUCAUGCAGAAGGAAACAAACACUACAGCUUCUUCAAAGACCAUUGCAUUCAACAACAGCUGCAUCAGUAACGGUAAAGCAAUGACGAACUAUCUACUAACUUCUCGUUGACAUCCUAUAUAAAAGAAAAAUUUCUUCAGUCGUAGAAGUGAUACAUAUAUAACUAUAUAUAUAUAUAUAUAUACACACACACUUAUAUAUAUGUAUAUUUUCCACUGCAUGGUGCUUCAAUGUUUUACUGUUUCUGUUAACAAUAAUAAUGUGUAAGGGCCAUUUUAUUGUGUUGCAAUAAGAUUAUUAGUGUAUAUUAAUUUUGUUUUAAUUCUGUGUUUUUUACAAAAAUGCAUUGCAUUAUUUUCAUUUCCAAAGAACACAUAAAGAAAAAUACCAAACAAUAAUGUUAUUUUUUUUUUUAAAUUCUUAAUUUUUUUUUUUUUUUGUACUCUCUCUCCAGAAACUUUCAUAAAAUAUAUUCUUAUGGCUUAUCCACUAACAACGAAAUUAUUUGUUAUUUUCAGCAAUAUUUACUGAUAAAAUUAUUAUUUUGGAUUUGAAUUUUUAUAUAUUUUCCAAAAUAUUUACUUAUUAACUAGUUUGUUAUCUCUGCAUCCCUGCAUGCAUACAUAUAAUGGCUUCACUUUUAAGUUAAGUUAAAACUAUUUGUCUUCAAACUUCCUGAAAUGACCUCCUUCUGUUGCGCUCUGGUCUCUUUCUGCCACAGCUUCUGCUCUUCUAAACUUGAAGCAAUACCAACUAUGUGUGCUCACCUCUCUCUGUCCUUCUUAUAUCUAUCAUUGAUUUAAUCAUCAAACCCUUUACUAAAUAGACAGUGGCUAAUUCAUGCCCCAGGUCUCUCUGAAACAUUCUUCUUGCAAUGGUCUCCCUUCCAACUAGUUUAAUGAAAUUGAACAUCACCAAACUCAAGGACCCUAAAGGUGUCUUAAAAAGGUUAGGGGCACAGCACUACAUGCUUCCUCCAGACACCAUAUAAACAGACUAAAGGCAUUAAAUUCUUUGAAUAAUUUAGUCUCUUUUGGGUGGUAAGUUUACUAAAUACAUACAAACAUGUAUCUAUGUACAUAUAGUCACACACAGACACAUAAAUAUUUACAUACACACAUUUAUACACACACACGUAUAUUUAUAUAUAAAUAGUGAGUUCAAAUCUUACAACAGCUAUAGUGUUCUCUCCAGGGUGGCAGACAGCUCUCUGCCUUGGUUUAUUUUCCUACUUCAGAGAUAAGUUGUUAGUGGUAGAAAAAAACAACAACAUUCAGCCAUAAAAACAAUUUGUCUAAAAACUAAAAGGUAAAACAUGAUGUUUCCAAGGUAAAAAUAAUGGAUGUAAAAUAAAUCUGUUUAUAUUAAAUAA